AUGCGCACUUCUUCUGCCGUGUCUUUUUUUCUUCUUGCUGUGGCCGCCGUGUUAUUCUCGCCGUUUGUUGCGGAUGCCUUUUACAUUCCGGGCAUGCAGCCCAAGUACUACAGCGAGGGCGAGACUGUGCCAUUUAUGGUGAAUUCCCUCCGCUCCUUGAAGGAGUUGUUUCCACAGGGCUACUACAAUCUGCCCUUUUGUGCGCCCGAGUUCAUCAAGACGAAGCCAGAGGCCCUUGGGGAGGUCAUAUGGGGAGACCGCAUACAGAACUCUCUUUACUCGGUGAACAUGAAGAAAAACUCAACCUGCACAAAACUCCCCGAUUGCGACGUGGUGGCUAACAAUCGCAACAUCAGGAAUAAUAUUGAUAAGCUGGAGAAGUACAUUGAAAAAGGCUACCGAGGCUUUAUGAACGUUGAUAAUCUUCCCGUCUUUGGGGAUGGGCUGCCCGAGUAUCUUGCUUCCUGUAAGUUUCAAUCAAAAGACAUGCAGUACAACUACUAUCGCGGCUACCCCAUCGGUGUCCCACGUCAGUGCGCGGGCAAGACACUUAUCAACAAUCACCUGGAUUUUGUCAUUGACUACAACACCGCUCCAAGGGACAGCGAAAAGUUCAUGGUUGUCGGUCUAAGGGUUACUCCCCACAGCAUUAAGCACGAUAUAGGUGGAAAUAGCUGUAGUGAGGCUCUGGUAUUCCGGCGGGGUGAGAUGAACUUUCUCAGCACAGAUGAUGUGCGUGAGGGCGCAACGGUGUAUUGGACGUACAGUGUCACAUGGCAGCCUUCCAAUGUUAUUUGGGCAACACGUUGGGACGCCUAUCUUCAUAGCUCAAUUGCGGAUACUAGUGCUAGUUUUCAUUGGCUUUACGUUUGCGGUAGCUUACUGAUAGUUAUCUUGUGCGCCACCUCCGUCGCCACGGUAUUGAUGCGUGCCUUACACAAAGAUUUUAACCGUUACAAUUCCCUUGAUCCUGAGGAUAAUCAGGAGGAGACCGGUUGGAAACUCGUACAUGCCGACGUGUUCCGUCCCCCAGAUCGAGCACCACUGCUGGCCUCACUCACGGGUACUGGUUUCCAGGUGUUAUCCAUGUUCACCGGUGUGUUGCUCUUUGCGCUGUUGGGUUUUCUUUCCCCUGCACGACGUGGUGCUCUUUUGACUGCCAUCAUCAUUCUCUUUGUGUUUAUGUCCACUGUGGCUGGAUACGUAUGUGGGUUCCUGCUUAAAUAUUUUAAUCGUCGUGAAUGGAAGCACGUGUUCUUCUGCGGUUGUGCAUUCCCUGGGACUGUUUUUGGUGUCUACGCCUUUGCGAACAUGAUCAAUUGGGCUCACGGCUCCACAGACACCGUAUCCUUCUCCGUCCUUUUCACCAUUUUCUUGCUGUGGAUGCUGAUCAGUCUGCCACUGACCUUUUUGGGCGCCUCCUUCUCGUUUAGGCAGGACCCACCUGCAAACCCUGUGAGAGUAGGCCGUCUGGCGCGUGAGAUCCCACCACAGAUGUGGGCAAACAGUCCCUCGUUUCUGUACGUCAUUCCUCCCAUAUUUCCUCUUUCCACAAUCAUCUUGGAGUUGAAUUUCGUACUGCAGGCGCUGUGGGCCGGCCAGGUGUAUUACGUGUUCGGUUUUCUUGCGCUGGUUUUUCUUCUUUGGAUCGCCAUUACAGCCCUCAUGACGGUUUUCCACCUUUACUACGUCUUGUGUUACGAGAACCAUCAGUGGUGGUGGAUCAGUUUUAUUCUCUCGGGAGGACUAGGAAUACAUGUUUUUAUUUACUCGAUCUACUUCUACUGCACGCAGCUCGCAAUCAGCUCGUUUGCCUCAUCGCUACUGUACUUUAUGUACAUGGGGCUGCUUUCAUGUGCAUACGGCCUUGCAGCAGGGGCGAUUGGACUCACUUCUGGCAUAUGUUUUGUACGCACAAUAUACGCGAGCAUUAAAGUCGACUGA